AUGUCAGAGGGAGAAUAUGGUGAUGCCAUCAUUCAAGGAGGGGUGUCUUUAAACUUCAAUUUUCAAACUGAUGAUGGUGAAGUUUCAUGGUCUCCAACUAAUUGGGUUCUGCAUGAUAUUAAAGGAGCUGCUGAGGAAUCCAUUCAGAUCAUCCUUUUUUCAAUUGUGAUGGCUUCAUCAUCCUCAACAAGCAGUGCUUCAUCUUCAACGACAUCGAAAUAUGAUGUGUUUGUGAGCUUCAGAGGUGAAGACACACGCUACAACUUCACUGAUCAUCUUUUUGCUGCUCUUCAAAGAAAAGGCAUUGUUGCCUUCAGAGAUGAUACAAAGCUCAAUAAAGGCAAAUCCAUAGCACCUGAGCUCUUCCAAGCAAUUGAAUGGUCUCAAAUUUUCAUUAUUGUCUUCUCAAAGAACUAUGCUUCAUCAACAUGGUGCUUGCGAGAAUCAGCAAAAAUCCUCGAUUGUUUUCAAGUAUCAGGAAAAUGUAUUCUGCCUAUUUUCUAUGACGUUGAUCCAUCUGAGGUGAGAAAACAAAGUGGGGGUUACGAGAAAGCCUUUGCUGAUCAUGAAGAAAGAUUCAAAGAAGAUUCAGAGAUGAUGGAGGAAGUGAAACGAUGGAGAAGUGCUCUGAAAGAAAUAGCCAAUCUCUCUGGGUGGGAUGUACGGUAUGAGCCACAAAGUGCAAAGAUCGAAAAUAUUGUCAAAAAAAUAAUAAGUAUAUUGGAUGAGAAAAUUUCAAGUAUGCCAGAUGAUUUAGUUGGGGUAGAAUCUCCUAUUGAAGAAUUGGAAAAGCUUUUACUUUUGAGGUCGGUUGAUGAUGUUCGGGUUGUAGGAAUUUUUGGAAUGGGAGGAAUAGGAAAGACAACUCUUGCUACGGUUUUAUGGGAUAAAAUCUCUCAUCAAUUUGAUGCUCGUUGUUUUAUUGCUGAUGUUUGCAAGUCUGAUCCAAUUGAUGCACAAAAGCAACUUCUACGGGAAGCUCUGAAUGAAGAAAAUCUUCAUAUAUUCAAUCCUUCUAUGGCAGCUAAUUUGAUACGACAUAGGUUAUGUCAUGUGAGAGUGCUUUUAGUUCUUGAUAAUGUUGAUCGAGUUGAACAUUUGGAGAAAUUAGGUGUGAAUCGUAAAUGGUUAGGUACAGGGAGUAAAAUCAUCAUAACUUCUAGAGACUUGCAUAUUUUGAGAGAGUAUGGAGUGGAUGACGUUUAUACCGUUAAACUUUUGAAUGCAGACAAUGCUCUUCAAUUAUUUAGUAGAAAAGCUUUCAAAUGUGAUAACAUUGGGAGAGAUUAUGAAGUCUUAUCAUAUGAUGUACUAGAAUAUGCAAAGGGCCUUCCGCUGGCAAUUAAAGUAUUGGGCUCAUUUUUGUAUGGUAGAGAAGUCCAUGAGUGGAGAAGUGCAUUGGCUAGAUUGAAAGAAAAUCCAAGUAGAGAUAUCAUGGAUGUGCUCCGACUUAGUUACGAUGGGCUGGAAGAAAUGGAAAAAGAAAUAUUCCUAGAUAUUUCCUGUUUCUUCAAUGGGUAUAGGCACUUUGAAGUUGAGAAUGUUCUACAUUGCCGUGGAUUUCAUCCAAGCAUUGGAGUUAAAGUUCUCGUUGAUAAAUCACUCCUAACCAUUCUGCCUUCUUACUCUAAUUUCCCUUAUAUUAAAAUGCACGAUUUGUUAGAAGAGCUGGGUAAAAAAAUAAUUCGAGAAAAUUCACCCGGAGAGCCUAGAAAGUGGAGCAGGCUAUGGUUCUACAAAGAUUUACGCAAUGUUAUGUUCGAGGAGGAAAUGGAAAAUAACGUUAAAGCCGUAGUCUUGAAUAGUCCAGAAGAAACUCGAAGAUUGAAGGCUCAAAGAUUGUCAAAAUUGAGUCACCUUAGAUUGCUCAUACUACGUGGUGUAAAAUUUUCGGGCAGCCUCAAAUGUCUUUCUAAUAAAUUGCGAUAUAUUGAGUGGGAUGAAUAUCCUUUCCAGUAUUUGCCAUCAAGUUUUCAACCGGAGGAUCCUGUUCAUUUGAUCUUAAAGCGCAGUAGCAUCAAACAAUUAUGGGCAGGAAAGAAGUAUAUGCCCAAUUUGAUAAGUCUGGAUCUUAGGCAUUCCAAAAAUCUAAUAAAGAUGCCAAAUUUUGGAGAGGUCCCAAAUCUUGAGAAGCUGAAUCUUGAAGGAUGUAUAAAACUUGUGGAGAUCGAUCCAUCCAUUGGUCUUCUAAGAAAGCUUGCUCACUUGAAUUUGACAGACUGCAAAAAUCUAGUAAGUAUACCCAACAACAUUGUGGGUCUCACUUCUCUUGAACGUCUAUAUCUCUCCGGCUGUUCAAAAAUGGUUAAUAAACAGCUAAGGGAGCAUUUGAAGAAGUUUGAUAUAAGUAGUGAAACUGCCAUGCACUCCCAAUCAACAUCCUUCAAAAGGUUUUUGUUCCCUUUCCGUUCAUUGUAUUCUACGACACUUAAAGCUUCAGCUACUUGUUUGUUGCCUUCCUUGCCUAGCUUCUCUUGUAUGACAAUUCUUGAUCUAAGUUUCUGCGAUCUGCAACAACUACCUGAUGGUAUUGGAAGUUUACAUAGCUUAGAAUCGCUUAGAUUAGAGGGAAACAAGUUUGUUACACUGACUUGUAGCCUGAAGGAGCUUUCAAGACUUGUUGAGUUAACAUUGUCACACUGCAAGCAGUUGAAAUCUUUGCCUGAGCUCCCUUCACGUACGGACAUGAAUGAGCAGUUGAGAGUCCGAUUGUUACAGGCUUUCAACUGCCCAAAUUUGGAAGAGAGGGAACGCUGCAGUACCAUGAUUUUUCCAUGGAUGGCACAAGUCAUUGAGGCGAGGCAGAAACCAUCUGUGGGCAUGUGUUGGAUUGAUAUUGUUAUUCCGGGAAGUGAAAUACCAAAGUGGUUCAGCAAUCAGAGUGUGGGUAGUUCGAUAAACAUAGACCCAUCUCCCAUUAUGCAUCACAAUAAUUGGAUUGGCUUUGCUUGCUGUGCAGUGUUUGUGUCACGUUAUGAUCCAAUUACUUUGACAAAUGAACGGAAGCCUCGUUUAGAAAUCUGUAUUACAUAUAAAGCGGAUCAGAUCAUACCUGGCCGCUCUUACUGCAGUUUCAAUGGAGAUCUGGUAACGGUCGAAUCAGAUCAUAUCUGGCUAUUCUAUUUCCCUUGGGACCAUGCAAUUGAUUUUAUGGGUCGGGUAUCUCGCAAAAACGGCGAGCAGCGUGAUCUUGAAGAUAUCAAGAUGGAGGUUCGGGUUAGUGGCGGCAGUGGUUUGAAGUUGGAGUUUAAAAAUUGUGGGUACCAUUGGAUAUCUGAGAAGGACCUGGAACAAUUUAAGAAUAUGCACAGUGCUGAUUCCUCAAUUGGAAAAGUCGGGUUUUAAGGAAUUGAUGAUUAGCCACAGCGAUAAUCAUUGUGCUAUUAACGAAGAGCAAUGACAACUGCAUUUGGGCUGCAUUUAGAGUAAGGUGAGAAGAAAUGUUCAUAACUUUUAUUUUAUUUUUUAUUUUUUUGGUAAAAAAU